ACGGACCGUAUACGCAAGAUUUUGGAUUCACAGCCGCUUGCGUAGAUUUGAUCACAGAGUUUAACCUAACUGUCUUUACGUUUAUAACGUAUUAUAAAGGCUCUUCUCAGUCGGGUGGGAUUUUAUCGUUGUGUUGCAGGCUGGGUGUCGCGUUAUUCGUUACUCUGUAAACAUGGCGAAACGCAGAAUAACACAGGAGACGUUUGACUCGGCGGUGAUAGAAAACAUUGAGGAGUUUGACUUGGAGGAAAGCGAAGCUCUGAAGGAAGCAGUCGAGCAGUUUGAGUCUCAGGGUGUGGACUUGAGUAAUAUUGUGAAGGCAGUACCAAAAGCAUCUUCUGAAGAAACUCCAGAUGAUCAAACUCAUGAAGUCCUCCAGGCUCUGCAGUCUCUCAAACGUGCAUUAGAGUCCUCGUCCACUUCUGUGUUGGAGAGCUUAAAUCUCUUCACCGAGCAGUGCUCCCUCGGCUUUGCUCAGCGAUACCUGGCGGCCCAGAAUGAUGCCUAUCCCUCACUCCUGUCCUGCUGCCAGUCUGCAGGUGAAGACAACAAAGUGCUCUCUGCUACUCUCGCUGCUCUUUCUGCUCUCACUGACGGACAGCCGGAUCUUCUGGAUGCUGAGGGUCAGCGUUUUUUGAUAAACACCUUACGCCGCCACCAGGACGAUCCGGCAAUGACCUGCCUGGGUAUCCGGACGGUGCGUCACUGCUGUCUGAAGCACGAGCAGAACAGGCAGGGCCUGGUGAAGGCAGGGGUUCUAAACAUACUCACCAGUGCCAUAACGCGGCAUGUCGAGCGGCCUGAGGUGGUCAAAGAGGCCUGCGCCGCUCUCAGAGUCAUGACCUUUGACGAUGAUGUGCGUGUUCCUUUCGGUCAAGCACACGAGCAUUCCAGAAUGAUUGUACAGGAGCACAAUGGUUUGAAGGUCAUUGUAGAAGCCGCUAAAGCUCAUCCUGAGAACGUGCCAGUCCUCAGUGAGCUGUGUGCCACUCUGUCCCGCCUCGCUGUGAGGAACGAGUUCUGCCAAGACAUUGUAGAUUUGGGAGGAUUGAAGUUUAUAAUGACGCUGCUAGCAGACAGCAUGGACUGUCAGGAUCUUGUAAAGCAGGUGUUGAGUGCGGUGCGGGCGAUUGCAGGCAAUGACGAUGUCAAAGACGCCGUCGUGAAUGUAGGAGGAACAGAGCUUAUUGUCAUGGCGAUAAACCGGCACCUGAGUAACGCACAGGUGUGCGACCAGGGCUGUGCUGCUCUCUCCAUGAUCGCUCUGCGCAAACCCAGUAACUGCAAAGACAUCAUGGAGAGCGGAGGAGCUUUGGCCGCGCUGCAAGCCAUGAAGACGCAUCCAAAGGAAGUGAAUGUUCAGAAACAGUCAUGCAUGCUGCUCAGAAACUUGGUGUCACGAUCACAAGAUUUCACCCAGCCCAUUUUGGAGAUGGGGGCAGAGGCACUGAUUGGUCAGGCCCUGGCCUCUCACAGGGACUGCAGUGACGUGGCGAAAGCCGCUCUCAGAGACCUGGGCUGUCAGGUGGAGCUGAGAGAACUGUGGACUGGCAAGAAAGGAAGCCUGAGUAACUAAAAAUGACAAAAUCUGUGAAAAGAGGGACCGAACAGCUCAGCUAAUCCUAAACAUGUACACAUUUAAAGUGUUUUCUUAAAGAUAUAUAGAAUUCAGGCUCCACGGUUCUAUUCGUCAUAUAUCUGAAUUAAUGAAAUUCAUCAGAUUGGAUUGUUAGAUAUUUGACAUAAUACUGGAUUUUUCUAAGGCAAGGUUUAAAGUUGAUGAAAUUGUUCAUGCAUACAUUUGUUUCUUCCUGAGAAAGAAAUAAAAAUAAAGUCAAUUGCACACACUAUCAUUUCAUUUCAUCCAUUCUACUUGAGCUCCUGAAUUUAUGUACAUUUGCAUAUGGUGUGAAUAUAAAAUGUGAAUCUCAGCUCAUCAGAGUCUAAUUGUAUAAAUGGCACAGAGCUACUGCAACAUUAACUCAAGUUCAAUUAGCUUAAUAAAUUAAUUACAACA